UAUAAAUAAUCGAGGAUGUCAAACUAUUUCAAUGUGUACGGUGAAGAAUUCAAGAUGCAGAGUUUGUUACAAAAGACUGUUGUAUUGACUUUUCUGUUUACAUCAGUUGUUGCAGACCCCCAAAAUGUUAUAUCUGACGCCUGCUUAACAUGUAUUUGUCAAGCAUCUCUUUCUUGCGACACUGAUAGUCCAUUUGUGAUUAGUCAUCCCUAUUGGUCGGAAGCUGGCAAACUUACUGUUGGUGAACACCCUCCUGACACACCCGAAGCUUUUAAUGCAUGUGCGUCUAAUCUUGAUUGCUCAGUUCGAACAGUACGAAAUUUUAUCAGUAAACACCAAAAGGACUGCAAUAACGACACUGUCAUCGACUGCGAUGAUUUUGCUGCAAUAUAUUAUCAGGGAGUUUCUGAUUGCCAGAAAGGUGUUCCUAGUUAUUUAAGGAGGAAUUACAGGGAAUGCAAGGAUAUAUUAAAAAAAUAUCAUCGAAUUGUGAACCUUGGCCAGAAACAUUAAAGAUUGUGCGGAUUGAAAUGCAUCUUUAGAUUUAGAAACUGUAGGAAGAGAUUAGUAUUAUAUCUUUCAACUGGUUUUUAAUUAGAAUAAUUUGCGCUUACAUUGUCCCACCAAGAGCUUCUUAUUCAUAAAACAACAAUAAAAAAGUAAAGAAAA